CUAAGUAUUGAAGCGUUCAAUAUACGCCCACAUAACAGUGUUUGUUGAGAUGGAGAUGAGUGGUGAAGACUUCGUGUGCUCAGUUUGUGGUGAUAAAUUUUCCUGUACGAGAAUUUUACCUUGUUUUCACACAUUCUGUGAAAAAUGUAUCGAUGCUCUCUUAUGUAAGAAUGAUGAAAAAGAACGGAAUUCUCAAUAUUUGCUUGAAUGCCCUGUUUGUGGCGAUGAAGUUUUGGCGCCAAAUACGAACAUUUCAGCGAAAGAAUGGGUCCGCUCUUUGCCUCGUAACUUUUUACUCGAGUCGCUUAUGAAUUCUGAAAGAAGCGGGGGUAAAUGUGACCCUUGUCUUAGAGCCACGGAAGAAAAAGAAGCAACGUAUCAUUGCCAGAACUGCAAAGAGAACCUUUGCGAGAUGUGCUACUCUUACAUGCACCAACGCAUAGAAGGAUUUCAGGAACACGUCAUUUUAACGCAUACAUUUGGAGAGGACAAACGGGGCAGUACAAGCAGUUGCGUUCUGCAUACGAGUGAAAUCCUGGAGGCGUACUGUACCUCGCACAAGCUGCUCUGCUGCAAAAUCUGUAUGGCAACUGAUCACAGAGAUUGUUCUGAAGUCAAGCCUAUUGAAAGCAUUGCUAAGCAGAUUACAAACGAAGAACCAAAGGAUGUCAUGUCAAAAGUUUUACCUGUCCUAGAAAAGACAGACUCAGCCCUGAUCCCUAUAAACAAGGCAGUCGAAUGUCAUGAAAUGAAAUACGUAGAUUUUUGCAAUUCGGUUUCAUCAAUUGUCGACAAUAUAAAGAAGAAUCUGGAAGAAAUGCAAGAUGUUUUUAACGAAAAGCUGCAAGAAACACAGAGAAGGGAAGUAAAAUACCUUGCUUCUGCCGAAAAGCAUUUAGAAGCAUUUCUGAAAACACUUGCAGAGGCUGAAAAGUUGCUCACAAUCGUUGCAAUGCGGGGAACACGUAGACAAAUGUUCGUCACCGUUUUAAAAGUAAAGUUCCAAAUUCAGAAACAAAUUGAGCGUCUUGAAAAGCAAUAUGGAAAACAAUUUGUUUUUGAUUGUCACUUGAACACCGAGCUAGAGGAAUUUAACGAAAUUGAAUACAUUGCACAGCUGGACGAAGAUGACGCCGAAACAGUUGGCAUUGCUGAAAUUUCUGAAGCACUAGAAACAUUUGAAGGAAUAUUUCAGUUUGAUAACAUGGCACCAGAACCAGAAACUGUAGUAGAUCCGUCAAAAUUAGAAGCCAAAGAAAUAGCGAAAUAUGACGAAGGAUUGACACGACACUGUGUUGAAUGUGUUCCUUUGUCGAGUGGUGCCGUUUUGCUAUUGGAGCUCGAAAGAAUUCGAGUGUUGAGCGACGGAAACAUGUGCACUGUAUAUGAAUUACCUAAAACUGAUAACUUCCAGUUGAAGAAUAUCUGUUUGGAUGAUGAGGAAAAACGAGUGUUUGUUUUCACAAGUGACAAGAAAAUAAUAACAUUUACGCUUCAUGAUAUGAAGUUACAGCGCGUUGAACACUUUCAGACUAACAUCGAGACAGCAGGGUUUCGCUUCUUCUCUAAUAAGUUCUAUUGUCGAUUGCAUAACAGUGAUGAAGGCAUAGCAGUUCUUGAUGAGGAUGGAAAACUUUUGCGUUUUCUCCAUGGGCCGGUAGAUGGUCGGGACAUUGCACUCUCAAAAGACGGACAACGUAUAUACUUCGAUAACCACCAGAGCAUAUUUUGGCAGGAUGUGGCGGGUGGCCAGAUUGUUGACAGAGGGGAAUCGAAGGAUCAUUGUUACUCCCAGAGCUUUUGCGGACUGGAUGUAGACCUCUACGGUAAUGUGUAUGUCUGCGAGACAUUGCGGGGCCAGAUUUUGCAAGUCCCUAGAGGUGAGAAAACAGCGUCCAAAGUCAUUCUGGACCGAGAUCCAGAUUUCGAGCCACUUUUUCUUAGGUUCGAUCGUGAACGGAAAAGAUUCUGUGUUUUCUUCACACCUUCGUAUUAUUCGGACGAAAGAUUAGUAAAGGUCUUUGAUCUCUUCAUCACUGAUGAUGAAAUUGAGGAAACCAGCGACACCGAGUAAAAGAGGGACUUUUGACAUUUUUUAAUUCAUUAUCGCUGGUGUAAUACCGGCAUUGCGUGUACAAAUGAAUACAGAUGAUAAUGGAGUCAAAAGCCUUUGCAUAUUUUCGCAGAAUUAGCACUUUAUAUUUGUUGCAGGGACGUAGCAUCGUUUUUUGAAAA